AUGGACGGCAAAGACAACGGCGUGAGCCACAUUCCCGACAAGGAAGUGGCCUACACUGCCGACAAGGAAGCUGUUUACGACCCAGCCGCCGAGAAGCAGAUCAACGAAAAGUACGAGCCUGCCACCGAGCACAUCGCUGAUGCUGGCGCCCGUCGCGAAUCCGUCGCGCACAACAUCGUUGAGAACCCUCUGACGCGUCAGACCAAGGCCGAAUGUGUCAGCGCUGCUGAGCGAUGGGCUGCCACACAUGGCAUGGAGGAGCACUCUACUCUCUUCGGAAAGGCUGCUCUCAUUGCGCGCGACCCUGACCGCUUCGAGAUGCUCACCGACCUCACUCAAGACGAGCGUGAUGCUCUCAUCUACGAGCGCGACCACAAAUGGCACGGCCCCAAGAUGUUGUGGUACUCGAUUGGCCUGUGUGCCAUUGGAGCCGCCACUCAAGGUUGGGACCAGACUGGAUCCAACGGAGCCAACCUGUCCUUCCCCGAAGAAUUUGGUCUUACUGAAGGCGACAGGAGUGAAUGGAUUGUUGGUCUUAUCAACUCCAUCAUCUUCUUGACUGCUGGUCUCAUCGGCGCUUUCAUUGUCGACCCUCUCAACAAGUACCUUGGUCGCCGUGGAGAGAUUUUUGUCACUGCUGUCUGCCUUACUGCUACUCCCAUUGGUUCUGCGUGUGCGCAGUCAUGGGAAGGACUAUUCGCUGCACGCUUCAUCAUGGGUAUUGGAAUUGGCGCAAAGAAUGCUACUGUCCCAAUUUAUUCUGCUGAGAUGGCUCCUCACCGUGUUCGAGGUGCCCUGGUCAUGUUCUGGCAGUUGUGGGUCGUCAUUGGUAUCUUCCUCGGUUUCUGUGCCAAUGUUAUCGUCAAAGACACUGGUAGAAUUUCGUGGCGUCUGCAGCUUGGUUCGGCCUUCAUCCCGUCUUUUAUCCUCAUGGUCGGCAUCUUCUUUUGCCCAGAAUCCCCUCGUUGGUUGAUGAAGCAUGGCAAGGUCGCCAAGGGCUAUCAAUCCAUGGCUAAACUCCGUGCCCACCCCAUCAUUGCCGCCCGCGACUACUACUACUCAUACGUCAUUUACGAAACUGAGCUAGCCGUUGCACGUGGAGCUGGCUACUUCGACCGCAUGUGGGACUGUUUCCGUGUGCCCAGAAUCAGGCGUUCCAACUACGCUGCUUCCACUGUCAUGAUUGCCCAGCAGAUGUGCGGUAUCAACAUCAUCUCUUUCUAUAGUUCUACCAUCUUCUCUGACGCCGGUUACACCUCCGACCAAGCUUUGUACGCUUCGCUCGGUUACGGAGCUGUUCAAGUUACUUUCCCCGUCAUGUGCAUCUUCUUGUUGGCUGCCGGUUUGACCCUGCUCCAACCAGAAUCUGUUAGCCAAGCUGCUCGUGUUGGGCCCGUCGUAUUAUUCAUCUAUCUGUUCACGAUCGCGUACUCCCUGGGAGAAGGGCCAGUCGCGUUCCAGUACUCCGCCGAGGUCUUCCCUACCAUACAGCGUGAGCAGGGAAUGGCCUGGGCCGUCUGCAUCAACAACACCUUCGCUGGUGUCCUAUCGCUCACCUUCCCUCGCAUGGUAUCAGUCAUGUCACAGACUGGUGCUUUUGGAUUCUACGCUGGUCUUAACCUUAUCGCCUGGGUCAUGAUCUUCUGUUUCGUCCGCGAAACCAAGCAGCUCACGCUGGAAGAACUGGACCAGGUCUUCAGCGUGCCGACCAAGACGUUCCUUCAUUACGAGAUUACGGAGUCGGUUCCCUAUUUUAUCAACCACACGCUUCUUCGUCGGAACGUGCCCAAGCCACCCCCAAUUAUCGAGAAGGGUUACGGUGCUGGUGCAAUUCCUACUGCAUAA